AUGAGCAAGCUUAAGCAAAAAGUUGAAAAUAUUAAACCGGAAGAGGUAAUCAGCAGCAAGUGUAAUAUUUUACCAACUAUAGAGGAAUUAUCAGAGCGUGAAAAACGUGCCUCAAACAUACUUAUAUUCGGAUUGGAGGAGUCACAAACAUCAUCGGAAGACGAAGCUGGCACAGAUGUGGAGAAAGCAAAUAGUGUUAUUAACAGCAUUGAUCGUAGCGUCCCCACAGCUUCAACAAAAGUCUUUAGGCUUGGAAAAGCUGAACCAGAAUUUUUAGAAGUGCAGGAAGAAAUUUCAAUUUCCUUAUCAGAACGACACCAUUUGCAAGCUGAAAAAGUCCUUAUAGAUACUGGUUGA